ACCUCAAAUAUUCUGAUGUGUUGUGAUCUCUUUUAAUCGAAUAAGAACAUUUUAAUAUUUUCACAUCUUCCACAUCUUGGGGCUGCUUGCCUCAGAGAGACUGCACGAGUAACUGAGGGGAUCUGUCUGUCUGUCACUUAUCAUCGUCGUCGUCAGAUGAUAGUUUCCUCUGCUGGAGAGAGUUCUAUCAAAUAUUUCUACCAAUUUGGACUGAUUUUUUAAUAUAAGGGGUUUGAUAUGAUUUUAUCUGACACUGAUUACUUAAGUAUCAUGUUUGCCAAAUCAUGUCGCUUGAAACAACAUUAAAAGAAUUCCACUGCCACUGAUUGGGCAGGUCUAAGGUUAAGGUGUUUACUGAACAGAACACAGGGGCCCUUUCUCAUGGCAUUACCUAUGCUUUUCUCGGUAGUUGCUUCUCUGUUCCAUUUGUAAAAUGUGUGAAUCUGGUGAACCCAAUUCUACUGCCACUGUUGGCUCAAGUGAAAUGGAUUCAGCGGGAGAUCAUGAUGAUCGGGUGCUGCAGCUGCAACAAAGAAUCCUUGAAUUGGAGACUGAGAAAAAGGACUUUGGGUCUCAACGUGCUAAGAUGAAGAGCCUUAUGCUUCAAACUGAAGCUGAAAAAGUUCGGUUGCAAUCGGAAAUGGAUGAGUUGAGGCGCAAACUAGCAGUCAUGGAUUUAAAUUCCAAAAGUGAUCUUGAAGAAGAAAAGCGUAAAUGUUUCGAACAAAUUGCAAGUUUAGAACAUCUACUACAUGAAACUGUAGAUGAGUCCACCAGCUCCCAAAGUCGCAUGGAGCAUGAAUUGAAGCAUCUUCAAGCUGUUAAUGAACGUCUUGAAGCAGAACUGGCAGAAUGUCGAAAACCUGUGGUCAAUUCAAUUGAUGAUCGUCACAAUGAACGAGACAAAUCUGAUCCUCCCCCUAUACAAAUAAUCACACAGGCUACCAAAACAUUUGCUAGAAAAGUAUUGAGUGAAUUAGGUGCAGAUUCUUCUUCUGGCAAAGAUAGUCUUGAAGACAGUAUGAGAAAGGUAAACAAAUAUGCUCAGGAAGAUGCUGAAGUACUUCGUUCUUUAGUAAUUCCACUAGAAGAGGAGAUAGAAGCCUUGAAAGAAAAACUACGUGAGGCACAUGAAGAGCUUCAAAAAUAUUCGCAGGGUCUUCACCAAGAGGGUGUCUCCAGCAGGAAAGCUACCGAUGCCAAUGAAUCUGUAUCCAUUCCGAGUAAUGUUCAACAAGAAUCACUUUUAAUGAUAUCACCCCCAGCUAGUGAGGAAACACGCAGUUUUGGAAAACAAAUCACUUCUAUUGAGUCAUCUGGUAAAGAUCUGGAAGUAUUCUUAAGUGGUGGCUCAGCAACAGCUCCAAUAUCAUUGACCUCUUGUAACAUGUGUCAAAAUUAUGAAGCUGGUCUUCAAAAGGCGCAACAAAAAGCUAAAGAAUUAGAGAAGUCUUCGGAGCUAGCAGAGAGAAACUUGCAACGAGCUAAAGAUGACUUGGCAAGGGAGCACGAUUUUCGGCAGGAAAUGGAAGUGAAGUGGAAUGAAAAAAAGGAACAGCACAAAGUUCAGGUGGUAGAACUGCAGAAGAAGAUUGCUUCUGCAGAAAGUAACCUUCAUGAUUUGCAACAAGAAUACAUGAGAACAUACCAGACUGUCACCCAACAGAUAUCUCGAUUAGAACCAGAGCGUCUUGCCAUUAAGAAAGAAAUUGAUAGGCUUCAGGCUGAAAAUGAGAAGCUAGUAGGUAAACAUACAGAACACAGUCAGAGCCUUCAAAACCAGGUUAUCAAUCUUCCUGAUAGUGUGGAGGCCUUGCAAGAGUUAUUACUUCAAAGACACGAAGAGCUUAUUUCUGCUAAAGUCUGUGCUGAAACUCAACAGAGUGAAGCUGAUUUGCUACGGGAAGAGUUACAACUGUUGCAAAAUGAUUCUGUUCGUUUGGAACAGGAGAAGCAGCAUCUUCAGAAAAUAGUCCAGAAAAGUGAAGUUGAUAAACAGCGUAUUCACAACCUACAGAUUGCGGAACGCAAGGCAUUAGAACAAGUGGAAGAUUUAAAAUUGAAAUUGGAGAAAGCUCUUCAGAACAAUGAACACUUAGAAGAGACUGCUAAAAAGCAACAAAAUCGAAUUACCUCAUUGCAGCAUGAUCUAGACAUGAGCGAACAGGUCCAAAAAGAUUUUGUUCGACUUUCACAAUCUCUCCAAGUUCAAUUAGAAGGUUUCCGACAGCCUAACACUCAAGUCCGAUGGCAACAUGAAGAGGAUGUUGAAGAAUGUCCUUCAUGUCAUAAUGCUUUGGGAUCAGCUUCACGAAAGCAACAUUGUCGUCAUUGUGGGCGCAUAUUUUGUUACAAUUGUUUAUCUCAUAAGGUCCCAAGUGGUCCUCAACAGCGCCUAAGUAGAGUGUGUGAUGUCUGCCACACUCUCCUUGUACCAAGCACUGCUCCUUACUUCAGCAAUGAACCUCCUUCUAUUCCAGACUGAAGCAUUAGGUGUUUUCAAGUAGAUUUUAAUAAUGAGUAGAAAUUUAUCAGAGUCAAUGCUGUGAAAGUUCAGAACCUUUAAGGACCUAUGUCUCCUACUCACUCACUGUCUGAUUGUGUUACUGACUGUUGAUUCUAUUUAUGGCGCCUUAUUUAAAUAUUUGACUGACUGCUUGUUGCUUAGUAAUUGGGAAACAAGAUAUUGUAUUGUCUGUAAUGCUAUAUUAUGAUUAAUCUGGUGGCAUUCUAUAUUGUAGCGUGUUUCUACAAAUGGAUAAGUAAGUCAUGCAUCAUCACUCAUGCAGUAUCAUUGUGAUAAUUUUUGUUGUUAAACCAACCAAAUGAUCUAAUACAGUUAGAGCUAUUGUGUCAGAAUGAUUAUAACCUUUACAGGUUGAUCUCAACCUUCUCAUCAAAGAGUUGUGUUCUUUUCAAAAUAAAAAAAGGAUCAUUGUUUUAAUUUAAAAUGUAUUUCAAUGCAAUCUUUCUUUGGGUUUAACUGUUCCAAGGUACUUUAAACUACUGUCAAUUUUCCAGAUUAAAAUAUGUUCUUAUUAA